GACCACUGAGGUAUUACUACUACGUACUGUUAGGACUUUAAAAUGGCUUCAACCCAACCACAUACACGCCGCAGAAUUAUUUAAAGAAAAUAAUAUGACGAGGAACCGGAAGGAAUCAAAAGUUCGACGACAUGUGUCAUCUGCCCGCACUUGGCCAGCGUGCUGGGUUAUGGCCUGUACCCUCAUAGACCCGUGUCCCAGCAGUGACAAUGUUAUCACAGCUCCUAUGAAUAUUACCAGAGAUUUAUACGAAGCCACCGAUCAACCAAAGAAGGUCUACAUCAUGACAUCAAUACUGCUCUUUCAUUGCUGCAUCAACUCACAAAAUGGUCAAGUAGAGAAAGAUAUUUGUGAGAAACUUACUAUUGAAGAACAAGAAAUUAUUUUGAAAUUCUGUGAAGAGUUAAGUGAAAUGGAAGCUACUGUUAAUAAUGUUGAUACAGCUAUUAAAGAAGCCUGCGACUGUAAAAGCAAAACCAAAGACACACAUCUACCACCCGACGUCAUGGACACAUCCCAAUCAACAAUGACGUCAUCAUCCGAUACACUGAAACCUAAAAAGCCCACUUUAACAUUCAAAUCGUCAAUUACCGUAUUACCGUCUGUAAUAACUGAUGCCUCUUUAUCUCGAUCGUCAUUCGAUGUGUAUUCUGAUGUUAAUUAUAAAUCGUAUGGGAAGGUGGAUGUUAGUGAUUGUAUGGUGUCCUCUGAUUCGAAGGAUACCGUUGAGUUCAAGCCUCAGGGCUUGCAGGGUAGUUUUGAAAGACCAAAUUGCAAAGUAGACUGCAAUUGCGUGAGAUGCAGCGCGUCCACCUCAUGCAUGGAUCCCGGCAGUUCGGUGGACAAGUGUGAUCCACCAGAGGAGGAAGAGGAACCCGUUGAGAAAGAAUUUGACAAAUGGAAGCUAUACACCAUAAUAUCAAGUGUGUUGGUGCUAAUUGCUCUUGUUGUUGUGUUGUGUACGAUACCGAUGUGGAAAAGUAAGCCUAAGAAGGAAAAUGUGGUACGGUUGCAUGAGGAGACUAGUUACUGUCUACCAGACUGGCUUUGGAAAUGUACAGACGGUUUCUGUGACAAAGUGUUUCGUCCAAAUACCAACGAAAGCAUGUACACCUCAAUGAGUCGUUGCAAACUAUUAUGCUCUGGUCCACAAUUAUGGCCCCAUCCGAUCGGCUACACUUACUUCAGUAAAACCAUCGUUGCCCUGGCAACGAAUAAAUUAGAAUAUAAAUUCCAAUCAGUACCAUCAGAUGCAGUACACCAAUAUCUAGCUGAAGCGUUCAAAAUAUUCCUCAAAGAUGUAGCAAGAUUGGAAAAGAUCGAUACAAAAUCUAGAAACAAAACAAAAGAACACGUGAAAAAGAUGAUAAUACAAAUUGAUGUGGAAAGUGAUCCUGAUCCAAGGCUUCGAUUGAACACAGAAGAAGCGUAUACGCUUAAAAUUGAAACAAUAGAUAAUCAAGUAUUGAUCAAAAUAAGCGGUGUAUCUUUCUGUGGUGUACGACACGGUCUUGAAACGUUGAGUCAAAUAAUACUCCUAGAUCAGAGUACUGGCAGUCUAAUAACUCUUUCUCAUGCGGUUAUUAAAGAUGCACCUAGCUAUAAAUAUAGAGGACUCAUGAUUGAUACAGCAAGAAAUUAUAUACCAGUUAUAGAUUUGAUGCGAACUAUAGAUGCAAUGGCGAUGUGCAAACUGAACACAUUUCAUUGGAGAAUAUCAGACAUAACAAGCUUCCCAAUGGAGUUAUUAAGCGUGUCAGAGUUAAAAGAAUUUGGGGCGUAUGAAAGAUCUAUGAUUUACACAAGAAAAGACGUUAAAUCAAUAGUAAAAAGAGCGGGAAUUCGUGGUAUAAGAGUUCUUAUUGAAGUGGCUUUACCAGGCCCUGUUGGAAGACCAUGGAUGUGGCUGCCAGAAGCCACUUGUCCAACUAAAGAUGAAAAUUUUACGUGUAAUAACAUACCUUGUUUACGCCUUCCAAUGCAAGCGUCUGUAUUCGAUAUAAUACAGAAUAUUUACACAGAAAUAUUAGAACUAACAAACGUUGAUGAUAUUUUUCAUUUAAGUGACAGUAUGUUUUCUUUUACGCAUUGUAAUAACUUGCUAGAAGAUAGGGAAGGGUUUUUAGAUAAAGCUCUAUUUCGUUUGAAGAUGGCUAAUAAAGGUUUUCUUCCAAAAUUGCCAAUAAUCUGGUAUUCUAAUCAUUUGACGCGGGAUUUCGAAGCGAGAAUUUGGGAUAGAUUGGGUGUUCAAUUGUAUCUUUGGCAUCAGAAUCCGGAGGAGUUUUUGACCAAAUUCAAAGUUAUACAUUCGACGAAAUGGGAUUUGUCGUGUGAAAUGAACAAGCAGAGAUGUAUUAAAUACAGAUCAUGGCAAGACAUGUACGGAUGGAAAUCAUGGAGAAACUUGGAGGUUUUCACGAUAGAAGGGGGGGAGGCGGUGCUCUGGACAGAUCUGGUUGAUACCGGUAAUUUGGACGACCACAUCUGGCCUCGUACCGCAGCAGUUGCAGAGAGGCUCUGGUCUGAUGUGGUCGCCAAUUCGAGUGCCAAUAAAUAUGUGUAUGCCAGACUGGAUACACAUCGAUGGCGAAUGUUACUCCGUGGUAUAAAGGUGCAACCGAUCUGGCCAGCCUGGUGCAGCUUCCAUCCCAGCAAAUGUCUUCAGAAAAUAAAUUAAUCACUACAUAAUAUUAUAAAACAAA